CUGGAAUAAGGUGGGCAAGUGCCGAAGUCGCGCAACGAAGACAAGACAGGAUGAGAGAGACAGGAGGAAAAUAGUGCAAGAGGAAAAGGAGGGGAAAGAAGAAAAAACUAGGCAGAGCAAGAGGGGAACGCCAAGGAGAAUCUCUGGGAUAAAUAAAUAAAAAGACUUGUUUGGAGAAAAGGCAAGCUAGAUGAAAAGAUGAAGCCGAUUAAAAAGCAGGGCCGGCGCUCUCCUCCUUCCACUCGGGCCAAAGGGGGAAAGCGUCGUGGAGUGGGGGACGCCCCAGAGGGAGGAGAGAAGAGAGACUCAGAUGAGAACAGAGACAGAAGCAGAUCACCACAAAACCAAACUUCCUCCUCUUCUUUUUCCUCUAAUUCACACUCAGAGUCCUCCCAGGCCGACCCAAUCAGAGCGCGGGACACUUCAGACAGGGAGGGGCUAUCAGAGACGACGGUGUCGCUUGUGAUGGAUUCUGAGAAGUUGUUGACAUCCUCGGAUGACAGAUCAGGGAGGUCAGCUGUGAGCAGCGGGAGCCACAGUGACAGCGGAGGCAGCAGCUGUAGUAACAGCAGUACACCGAGCGCCAACAACAGCCCGAACCCCGCCUCCAGCCGAAAAACCGCCACCUUCAAGGCCCGUGUCCCCAAGAAGAAGUACACCUCUGAACACUGCUUGUCUAACACUGCUGGUAACCAUAGCAACCCUGCCUCCAGCACGCCCCCUCCUCUUCCUCUGAGCAGUGGGGUCCUCAACCACGGGUCAACAGGUUCAGGAAGUGACAUCAGCAUCUCACACCCUGAUGGCGGUGGUCAGAGUCGGAGCCUGAUGGACGACUUCCAGGUCAGGACUACUGGCAGGGAGGGGACUCAGGACAGCUCCCCAGGACCCCCCACCCUGUCGCUGGGAGUGGAGAGGGAAAGGCCUGGAGGAGGGGAAGGGGUGAGAGACGCAGAGCGAGUGUCGCCCAGCCCCCUCCCCCGCUGCUCCUCAACCGACACCGCCAGCGAGCACUCAGCUGACCUGGAGGUAGUUGGCGACACGCGUGCCCUCACGCAGAUGUCUGCACACGCACCAUCCAGUCUCCCCGACGCACUGUCAGACGCCCUCGCCAAAGGGCUGAAGAAUCAGCGUGUCCUCGCCCGCCAGCUCAGGAGGAGAAGUGACGAGGAAGGAGGAGGCGAAAGGAGGGAUGAAGGAGGGAGUUCAGACCUGGUGUUCCGGGCUGGGGUGGUCCGUAAGGUCAGCGGCGAAUAUGGAAGCCUGGAGGUGCAACUGAACGGGGAGAAGACGCUGUGUCGUUAUCCGUAUCGACAUGACAGCCCCCCAGGGGUGGUGGACAUUAUUCUAGAUGCCCCGCCGCCUGGUGUCCAUCCAAUACCUAUUGGCACCCGUGUCUGUGUACCGUUUGGCAAUGAGGAGUGCAGCGAGGGCCAGUGGCAGUGGUACCGAGAGGGUGUGGUGACUCAGGUAGACACUCACCCUGCAGUGGCCAACCGCUACCGUGUCCUGCUGUCUGAGGAGAGGGCUCACUCUGUGGACGAGGAAGAAGACGGCAGAGGGUCAGCUGGUGCUACUCAGGCGGUGUGGGUCUCCCGACAAACACUCCGGCUUCUGGUGCCACCUUGGGAUCUGGAUUUGCCGACUGGAGGAGGACGAGAAGGAGAAGACGGGGUCAGAGAAAAGGAGAGGGAGCGGGAGGACAGGGAGGAGAUGGACGUUGAGCAGGAGGUGUGUCGUCUGAGCCGGGGGAUGGCUCCAGGAGUGGGGUCAGUGGGGAGAGGGAUGCCCUACCCAGGCAUGGUCCCUGUUUCGUCCACAUUGGGCCACAGUAUUACCUCCCCAGUAACUCCAGCGUCAGUCCUCAGCCUGGCUCCAGGCCGAGAGUGGGAAAUUGAGAAAGACUUGGAGAGGGAGAGAGACCUCCAGAGGAAACAGGAAAGAGAGAGGGAACGAGAGCGAGAAAGGGAGAACAGUGUAAAACAUCAGCAGCAGCAGCAACACCACCCGUACAUGCCACUUACCCCUGAAGAAGACAUGGAGGUGUCCCACUUUAACAUGGUCCCAAUGGGGGCGAUCAUACCUGGGGCCAAACCAAUGGCAGUUCCCCAACACCGCCACAUCGUCUCUAAGCCCCCGCCUGGCUACCUCAGUCCCCACCUGUCUGUGGUGCGGGGCAUCGGGAUCCCCUCCGCCCACUUGGCUUUGAACCCCCAUCCCCCUCCUUCACCUGUCCUGUUAGGCCUUGACCCAGCAACCGCAGCAGCUGCAGCAGCUGGUGCUGUCCUCACCACCCCCCAGCUCCCUCCUCUCCCUCCCAUCUCCUCGUCCACUGCGUCCUCCUCCAGAGUAGAGAAGGCCUCAGGAGGAGGUUCUUCCAGCGGAGGAGCAGGUGGCGGUGGAUCCGGAUCAGGUUCGACCUCCUCCUCUUCCUCACGUUCCCGCACCCCGCUGACAGCUGCCCAGCAGAAGUACAAGAAGGGAGAUGUGGUGUGUACGCCAACAGGCAUCCGGAAGAAGUUCAACGGGAAGCAGUGGAGGAGACUGUGCUCUCGGGAGGGCUGCUCCAAAGAGUCCCAGCGCCGGGGAUACUGCUCCAGACACCUCUCAAUGAGGACCAAGGAGAUGGAGGCCAGUGGAGGCGGCCGGGAGCGGGGCGGAGCCAGCAGCACAGGGACCCUAACGCCGUCUGACCUCCGACUGGGAGGUGGGAGAGCCAGCUCAGAGUUCGACUGGGAUGAGACGUCACGGGAAAGCAGCGAGGCCAGCAGCCGCGGAGGAGACUCCCGUCCCCGCCUUGUCCUUCCCUCUCUGCUCCCCCAGGACCUCUCUCGUUUCGACUUUGAUGAGUGUGAGGCAGCAACAAUGUUGGUCUCCCUGGGGGGCUCCCGCUCAGGCACGCCAUCAUUCUCCCCCAUCUCCAACCAGUCGCCCUUCUCCCCCACCCCGUCGCCCUCACCCUCUCCACUCUUUGGCUUUCGCCCUGCCAACUUCAGCCCCAUCACUGCUCCUGCCUCACUUACACCACGCCGCCAUCGCCAGCUCAGCGGCACUAAGAUGGGCACACCAGGUGCUGAGCGAGAACGCCACCUGUCGGGGAUUGUGCCCACUUUUCAGACCAACCUCACUUUUACUGUUCCCAUGAGCCCCAGCAAGAGGAAGCUCGACACCCACCCACCCCCUCCACUGCCGACAGUUCAGGACUACCAGACCAAACCUGAGCAGCAACAGCUUGUGGGUGUAGGUGGGGGGGUGGUGGGAGAGCCAUCCCUGGGCCACAGCCCUGCCGCCUUCAGAGUCCUCUCCCCCCAGAGUCAGCCGACAACUCCCUCCUCACUCUCUUUUCCCCGGCCCCGUAGCGCCACCAGCAGGCCACCAUCAUCAGCCGCUUCCACGCCUCCACCAAUGCUGGUCUCUCCCACCCCUCCCUCCCCUCUACCCCAGGAACCCUCACCACGGCGCAUCGUGCCCCUCCGUGAUUCCCCGGUCAUCGUACGCAACCCGGAUGUUCCCUUGGCCAAGUUCUCUGAUGGCCCAUUAGGAAGGAGAGAGAGAAGCAGGUCCAGGGAGCACAGCCAGCCCCAACACACUGCUCCCCCCGGCCUUCAGGCCCCCGUCCCUAUCAAUGGGGCCACCACCAAUGGUGCAGUUCUUCUGCGCAACCCCACAUCCACACUUGUCCUGGUCACCUCCAGCUCGUCCUUGACCCCAACCACGAUGAGCCACACAUCCCUGUCCAGCCCCUCCACCCCCGGGUCGAUGUCCACCUCAGUCCUGUCCUCCUCUGGCUCUGGAGGCAGGGAGAGGGAGAGGAAACCUGAGGGACACCAGGACGCCUCUGGAGGCGCACUGCCACAGCCGGUAGCCUGUCACCCGACGCCGACCGCCCUGCUGCCACUCAUACUGCCAGCUGAGUCACCUCACCCUGCCCCACGCAAGCAAAUCAUCAUGGGACGCCCAGGGACUGUUUGGACCAACGUGGAGCCUCGGUCGGUGCCAGUGUUCCCUUGGCAUUCGCUCGUCCCUUUCCUGGAGCCCAGCCAAUCAGGAGUGGCUGCCCAGCCUGCUGAUGGCCAACAGCUUGUCAAUCAGAGCAAAGAGCCUCGCUGCGGCGUGGCCCUGGUGAGUGACGGUCGCACUGGCCCUCCAGACCUAGAAAGGGGCUCGCCAUCAUGCCCUCCCCCGACCAAUGACAAUCCUCCUACAGAUAGGGGCGGGGCUGACAGCGAGACAGAGAGCGAUACAGAUGACCCGUUCUCCCCAGGUGUGGCCAACGAUCCAACACCCUCCACUGGCCCCAUGAAGAGACGCACACAGUCCCUCAGCGCCCUGCCCAAGGACGGAGACAGGAAGAGGGAGAAGGACCACAUCCGCCGUCCAAUGAACGCAUUCAUGAUCUUCAGUAAACGCCACCGGGCCCUGGUGCACCAGCGACAUCCCAACCAGGACAACCGGACAGUCAGCAAGAUCCUGGGGGAGUGGUGGUACGCCCUGGGGCCCAAUGAGAAGCAGCAGUACCACGAUCUGGCCUUCCAGGUGAAGGAGGCCCACUUCAGAGCCCAUCCGGACUGGAAGUGGUGCAACAAGGACCGCAGAAAGUCGCUGUCAGAGGGCCGCGGGACGCCAAAGGAGGCGCGAGAGAGGAGCAUGUCAGAGAGCAUAGAUCCUCUGUCAGAGUCCCAGACGGUGGAAGAGAAGGGAGGAGGCUCGGGCUGGCCAGGGGGAUCGGAGCGUCGAGGGGGGCUGUUUGUAGGGCAGCAACCCCGCCCCAGAGCCUUUUCCCAGAGUGCCGUGCACACUCUGGAGCAGAGGGAGAGAGAGAGAGACCUGGAGAAGGAGGAGGGGGCGAGUUUGUUUCGUAGCCGGCCCCCGCCUCAGUCCCUGUACCAGGGCGGGGCCAGCGAGGACAUGACCAGUGAUGAAGAGCGCAUGGUCAUCUGUGAGGAAGAGGGGGACGAUGAUGUCAUGGAGGAUUCAUGUCCAGAGGGUUCCAUCGACCUCAAGUGUAAAGAGAGAGUGACGGACAGUGAUGAGGACGAACCGGAUGGACAGCAUGGCUUCCAGCCAGUGGCCCGCUCCUCUCUCCCCUCCUCCUCUCCCUCCAUCCCUCCGUCUGACUCCACCUCAUCUAAAGGGAAUGGAGCAGGAGAAGGAGGAGGCGGAGGUGCUGAAGAUGGGUCUGAAAGAAAGAGAAAGAGAGGCACAGACGGAGGAGAGGAGGGCAGCGAGGGAGGACCCAAGAGAGAAGAGACAGCAGCAGGCUCAACUUCCAGCUCCCAGGUUCCCCUCACUCUGGCCCAGCAGGGUCUGACCCAGGUCCUCGGCGGCGUCCGCAUGGCUCCCACUAUGGUGACCAACGUGGUACGACCCAUCGCCAGCACACCCAUCCCCAUCGCCAGCAAGCCAGUGGAAGGAGCCGUCACCCUCAGCUCACACCCCCAGGACAAGAAAGCCACACUCCUGAUUGGAGGAGGCGGAUCUCAGCAGCUGCCAAUCACCGCAGGGGGUGGGUACCUGUCCUCAUCCUCCUCUCCUGGUCCAGUGAGUGUAACCCCGGUGGGGGGCAGCAGCCUGGUCACUAGCCUAGUUCUGGGAGGGUCCUAUCCUGCUGCCCAACCAGUGCAGCUCCUCACCCCGCAACCCCCACAGCCGCACACACAGACCCCCCUCCCCGUCCUCCAGCCCCAGCUCCACCCCACUGCCGCCAUCUCCUCUCUCACACCUCCCUCCGGCUCCAAGCCGCUAACGCAGGUCCAGUACAUCCUGCCCACCGAGAACCCCUCCUCCCCUCAACUCACCCACCAGCAAAUCCUCUCCCUGCCCGCCAAUGCCGCCCUGGCCAAUGGCGUACACUCGGGGGCGGGAAUCAGAGUCAGCCCCGGGACCAGAGUCCAAACCCAGUCGCCGGUCUUGCAGAGCAAGAUGUUGGUUCCCAUGGCAACAGUGAGAACAGGGUCUACUCCUCCUCAUCCUUCCAUUUCCCUGGUGGCUCCGCCUCUUCCUGUGCAGAACGGACCUGCAACAGGAAACAAGAUCAUCCAGAUCGCUCCCAUGCCUGUGGUCCAGACCAACGUUCACCCUAGCGGUGCAGCAACAGUACAUCCUGGGAGCCCCUUUCCUGUUUCCGUGGCAACGGUGAUGGCUCCUGGUGCUGCGCCCCCGCAGACUGUUCUUCUGACCUCCCCACCCACCAGGAUCACUUAUGUCCAGUCCUGUCCAGGAGUUACCACAGCGACGCCCCAACAGGCCACACCCGCUCCAGGCCCAGCGUAUCUCCCAUCACCUCUGGCCACUCUGGGAUUCACCGCCAUCGCUCCGGGCGGGCAAACCCUGGUACAGCCAAUUGUCGGUCAAUCGCCUCUGCUGGCUCCAGCCCCGCCCCUGAGCUGUCAAUCACAGACUCCCCCUGGCCAGGCCGCGGCGACUGCUGGUCGUCAGGUACUAACUGCCAUCUACCCUGCACCGACUGUUGGGCUGCCUACCGGCAUGGUCUCUGUGACGACCGUACCGCCUGCAGUAGGAGCUUCGGCCCAAGACGUCAUAAACCCCUCCUCUCCGCUGGCGACGGGGCUGCAGGGUUCAGCGGUAGUGACCCUUCAGCCCAGCGUGGGAGCGGAGGUGGAGCCGAAGGUGGAGGUGAAGAGGGAGAGGGACAGUCAGCUGGAUGCUCAGACUGAGGAUGGAGGGCAGGGGGUGUCAUUGGCCAACUGUAUGAGCAAUUCUGCAACAGUAAAAAAAGAGGAGGACAUCAUCGGCCUGUACAUCAAAGAGGAAAAUGUGCGAGAUGGACACAGCAGGGAGAAACGAAGUGAGACCGACACAGAGCGUGAGAGAGGGAUGAGGGAGAGCAGUGAGAAGAAGAGAGGCAGAGAGGCAGACAGAGAGGACCACAGCAUGGGCGACGGCUGCAAAGAGGCUGGACCUCGUUCCCCUCUUCCACCCCCCUCAGGUUUGGACCCUCCUCCCCCUCCCCCUGCAGAAAGAGAGCCCCCCUCUUCCUCAAAGAAGACCAAGUUUCGACCCCCACCGCUCAAAAAGACACCCGACUCGCUUGACAAGGUCUUGUCUGAGACAUACUUCGAGGAGCGUUUUGCUGAGCUUCCAGAGUUUAAUCCGGAGGAGGUCCUCCCCUCGCCCACCCUGCAGAGUCUGGCCACCUCGCCAAGAGCCAUCCUGGGGAGCUACCGCAAGAAGAGGCGCAACUCCACCGAGCUGGAGCUGACAGCAGAGGACCCCAGCUCCCCGAGGAGGAAGACUCGACGUCUGUCCAGCUGCAGUUCGGAGCCAAACACUCCGAAGAGCGCCGCCAAGUGUGAGGGAGACAUCUUCACCUUCGACAGAGCAGGCACAGAAGGAGAGGAUCUCUUAGGAGACUUGGACCGAGUCCCCUACUCGUCUCUGCGCAGAACUCUGGACCAGCGGCGGGCUCUGGUCAUGCAGCUGUUUCAGGAACAUGGCUUCUUUCCAUCAGCUCAGGCGACUGCUGCCUUCCAGGCUCGCUUCUCAGACACGUUCCCCACCAAGGUGUGUCUGCAGCUGAAGAUCCGCGAGGUCCGGCAGAAGAUCAUGCAGACGGCCACGCCCGGAGCCCUCGAGCCCGGGGGGUCAGCUGAAAUCAACCCUGCCCCAUCCCACAGCUCCUCUUUCAAUCAAUCAGCCCGGGAGGACGGAGGGGCGGAGCAACAAGGAGACAAAGGCCGGAGCCCAGAGGGGCCGAAAAGUGAAGGAUCAUAAGCUGGAGAGGAUGACAAAGCGGAAAAAAUCAAGGAGAAGAAGAAGACGAGAGAGGGGAGUGUGUCAUCCCCGCAGAAUGUUCUUGUAUGUGUUGAACCAGUACUAAGGAUUUCUCCAGCAGGAUCUCUUCUACUGGCACUAAUCUCCACCAGACCUGGGCAAGAAAUACAUUUGAAUAUAUUCAAACUACUCAACGUGCGCUUGAUUUGUCUAAUCAGACAAAAGAAAGCCUCAAACGUGGACAAAUCAAAUGCAAGUUCUGAUGAGUCAAGUGCUUCUUGUAGUGUUGUUUUCCCUUUUCUUUCCCAAGUAUCCAGAGUAUCUUCAGUUCACACUCUGCCCAGGUCUGAUCUCAGCACAUUUGUACAGUAGUUUGUAGUUUGACACACAAACUCUGUGGUACACACUCUCUAUCUCUCUGGCACACACAAACCCUGGUGCAUAUGUAAUCUCCAGCAUGCACAUGAUCCCACACACAUACACUCACAUACACUCACACACACAAACACACACACACACACACACACACACACAGACACACACCCUUACCAAAUCAGACUGUUACUCUUGGUUGGCAGUCCCCAGGAGCCGCCACCAAGGACCAUGACACACAAAGGCACUUUGUCACUUAUUGUGCAGAUGCAGUUUGCUGUUGCCAGCCAGCCAGCCAGCCCUCAGAUGCCAUUGACUUGACCUCCUUCUCGCCCCCUCCACUCCUCAGCACAGUGGUCGGGACACAAACACAACCCCAACGACCUCCACUGGUAUUCCACAGCCCCUCGAUGCUG